AUGAGAAGAAGUAGGGAGUGCAAUGGAGUUUCUGAAGACGCGCCAACGUUUCUUAAAACAAGAUAUGGAGAAAUUGUUAAACAAAGAAAGCCUAACACAGGAAUACAUAUACAGGCCAAGCUUAAAUUUGGGGUCAGCUCAGAUUCUCCGCCGUUGUUCCAGCUGCCAAAUGUCCUGGUUAGUACAAGACAGUCUAACCUAUCGCCUCCUAGGUCAAAGAGCAUUGAGCCGUUUUUACCUCAUCAAGGGACUAUCCAUAGCAAAGAUCAAGACUUUGAUAGUGUAAAAUUUUCGGUUAAAAAGGACGUGAUUCUUGGUAUCAAGGACAAGGUUCGAUAUCAGUCAGUUUUCCAUCAAAAUUUCUUACAGAGAAUUUAUCAGAGAAAAGGGUUUUACAAAAGCAAAGGAGAAAUAACAGGAAACAAUAAAAUCCCAAAAAUAGAAAGGAAAGGAAAAAGUGAUCUUUCUAUACUACAGUCGUCUAAACUUGUCCAGACUGCAAUCUAAACCUUAAUUAGUCUAAACGCGUUUAACGUCCACUCGUACAUAGCAACCUCCAACUGCGCUCUGGGGUGAACUUCGCGCCAUUUCCUUACUCCCCCCCCUCCGUAAGUGAACAAAACCAUUAGAAAAAUCGCUAUUUUUUGCCCAAAAACCCACCCUCCGUGAGUGAACAAAAAUUUUUUUAAUACAAAAAUUUUUUAUGGAAAAAAAAUUUGAUAUAUAAAUGAUAAUUAUUAUAAUGAAAUCUAGAGCUAAUUCUGUUUAAUUUAAACGAAUUGCUUUUUAAAACAUAAAUUUUCUAAAUUAAAUUAAUAUUUGCUUUCCAAUUUUUGCGAAUUAGGAUUUUUUUAAAUUUCGAAAAAAAAUAUUGUUUAUAAAAUUUAUAUAUAAAUUUUUUAAAAAAAAAACAAUUAACCCCCCUCCGUGAGUGAACAAAAUUUUUUUGUUCACUCACGGAGGGGGGGAGUUAGGCCCACCAAAUGUGUGGCAAUCUUUGACUUUGAUCACUAAAGAGGGCAGCAGUCUUAAAAUCUGGGCUUCGACGACUCUUCUUUGAGCUCAGGCAAUUACUUGAUCCAAACGUACCCUAAAGUUUCAGUCUCCGCCGCCUGGUGUAAGUGACACCCUUCUGGAAAAUUUCAUCCCCUAAGUUCAGAAAUCCGGUAAAAAAUCAUCUCGCUCUUGCUUCCCUGUCAUAGCUGGGAUAAUUUCCACAGGGUAAGCAAACCUCAUAAUUAAAUUGCUGGUAGGGUAGGGUAAAAUAAAUUUUUCUUAUUCGUAAUUAAAAUAUGCUCGAGGUGAAUUUUGUUUGGAGACAGAAAAUUCAAGCGGCACCAUAUUUUAAUUAUGUUCAGAUUACAAUCAGCAGAUAUAGUUCAAGACAAAGCAGGUUUACCUCAACAAAGCAUUCAUCGGUUGACCCUGAUAACUCGCUUAUGAGAGACUAUGAAUCAUAAUUUAACUUAAAUUAUUAUCUAAUAGCUUCCAGUCAGCCGCGUCAGAUUUUCACGCCCCUAGCUUCGCUCCACCCUCUUGCUUGCCAGUCAGAUUCCACAGCCUGAGGUCUAAGCUGCUUCCUCUAGAUCAUCAUCAUCAUCAUCAAUUAUUCAGCAGGCAAGCCUGCAGCAAACCCUUAUGGGCUUUUUGUUAUAAUCCAACUAUCUAGAGAUUUCUGCCUAAUAACCUUGCCUUCAGUAGCGCCCGUCCUUAUGAUCCACUUCUUUCUCCACUUCCAACUUUCUCUGUAGCCUUCUUCAACUUCCUGAGCCUCAUCACUUUCGCCAAUUUCAUCCGUUUCAUCAGCUUCAUCAGUUUUCACGAUUUCAUCUGUUUCAUCAGCUUCAUCAGUUUCAUCAGCUUCAUCAGUUUCACCGAUUUCAUUUGUUUCAUCAGCUUCAUCAGUUUCAUAAACUUUAUCAGUUUCAUCACCUUUGCUGUUUUAGAAUUUUUGAUUUUUUGAGUUUUUGGUAUUUUCUGAGGGUUUUGGACUUUUGGUCUUGGGCUUCUUGGGCUUUUUGGGCUUUUAGGGUUUUUUGGGUUUUUUGGACUUUUUUGGGCUUUUUGGCAUUCUGGACUUUUUGGGCUUUUUUGGGUUUUUUUGGGUUUUUGGGCUUUUUGGGCUUCUAUUUCGAUCGAUGUUGACCUUAGUCCUGCGGCUGCCAUUAACUCUCCACUAUCCAAGAUUUCUCCGAGCUGCCGUGCAAUUGUGGUCCUUAUCUUCUCCUCCCAUUCAUUUUCUUCUCCUAAUUCUUCUUCGUAAUCCCCAUCUUCUUCCAAAUACUCUUCAUCAAUUUCCUCAUCUUUCAUUCCGUCCUCCCUUCAAAAUUCGCAUUUCUUCUUCCCAGAUCUCAAUUUCAUCCAGGAUUCCAUCAUAAAUACUGUCAUAAUCUUCAAAUUCGCUACAUGAAUCAUAAUCCCCGCAAGAGUCUCAGCUGCUCGCGUAGUCAUACUGCUCCAUUUUCGCGCAAAAAAUAAAAGUGCUUCCUCUAGAUUACGUUGGAAAAUUGCCUGAUUGAUCAAAUGAACGCUCUCAAUGCUGGACUAUUGUUCUCCAUCAGGCCAAGUAAGCACACUCAUCGCUUGCUGCUCUUCCUUCCACAACGUCUCCAGACUCCCGCCUUGCUGCAGGUUGGUUUGCCACACCAUCUUUAUGUGCGGACUAUGAAUCAGAUUUUUCUCUUGCAAGGACUCCUUUUUCAACAAGAUAUGGCAAGCUAAAUCCAAAAUCUCUGUCUAGAUGUGAAGCAAACCUGCCUAAGCUAGCUGAAAAACUAGAGCAGCUAGAACAAAGCAUUAGUAUAGAAGAUUUUGAGCAGAGGCUAACCCACUAUCCUUCUCCUAAAAAGAGAAAUCUGCAUGAGUAUUAUAAAACCGCAGAACCUCUCCAAAAAAAUGAUGCAUAA